CAUAAUGGUACGGUCUGUCAACGUCCUGCGCGGGAGCGGAAAACGUGCGUCUGUCUGACUGUGCGGAAAAGGAGCCGUGUGUUGUUUAAUUCUCCUCAAAGUACGCGCUACAUCGAGAAUUCACUCCACUACGAACAGCACUGAGCUUGUGAACACCUUCAUUAUGGCUCGAGACUGGAAACCUGGUGAUCUGAUUUUUGCCAAAAUGAAGGGCUACCCUCACUGGCCUGCAAGAAUCGAUGAAGUCCCCGAUGGUGCCGUGAAGCCGUCCAACAUCAAGUUUCCCAUCUUCUUCUUUGGCACCCACGAAACAGCCUUUCUCGGCCCAAAAGAUAUCUUUCCAUACCAGCCCAACAAAGACAAGUACGCCAAGCCCAACAAGAGGAAAGGGUUCAAUGAAGGAUUGUGGGAAAUUGAGAACAACCCAAAGGUUGAGCUCACUGCGCCCAAGCCAGUUCCUCCACAGACCUUCACUGAAAAGGACUCAGACAGCAGUCCAGACGGAGAGGAGGAGGCAGACGACAAGGCGAUCAAAUCCAAAGUUCCAGGAAGUGAGGCUGAGCAGGAGAAUGAGAAUGAGGAGGAGGAGGAGGAGAAGGAGCAGGAGGAGGAGGAGGAGAAAGGGUCUCUGAUCUCUGAGCAGGGUCCUCAGAACCAGGAUGGUGCAGCUCCCAACGAAUCCACGGAUGUUCUGAAACAAAAGAGAGGACGCAAGAAAAAGAGUGACGCUGACCAGGAGGCGGAGACAGAAGAUGCUCCUGUGAGUCCUGUGAGUCCGUCAGGUGGAGAGGGUCCCAAACGAAGAGGCAGGAAGCCCAAAAGUGAGAAGCUGCUUCUGCUGCAGCAGCAGCAGCAGCAGGACCAGCAAGGCUCAGGAAGUGAAAUGGACACUACUGAGUUGGACAGAAAGAGAAAGAGGGGACCAGAGGACAAGUCUAAGGGCGGAGAGGAGGACAAGAGAAAGAAGAGGGAGGACAGCAAAGGAAAGGACGCAGAAGUGAAGGAGCCUGAAGCCAAGAAGAAGAAGCAGUCCAAGGAUGAUGGCUCCUCCGGCUCCGACGAUGAGGAGAAAAACAAAAGCAGAAAGAAACAGCAAAGCUCAGAAGUGGACAAAGAUGCUCGGCGGAGGAAAGCCGAUGAGUUAAGAGAGGGCAGCAAAGACGACGGGAAGAAGAACGAAGACAAGGCGGGAGUUAAGAAAAAAGAAGUGUCUACUGACUUUAAGCUCCAGCGACUGCACAGUGAAAUCAAGAUUUCACUGAAAAUUGACAACCCUGAUGUGAAGAAGUGCUUGGAGGCGUUAGAUGAGAUCAGUGCUCUCCAGGUCACGACUCAGAACCUGCAGAAACACAGUGAACUGAUCGCCACGCUCAAAAAGAUCCGCAGGUUCAAGGCCAGUCAGGACAUCAUGGAUAAGGCCACUAUGCUGUAUAACAAGUUUAAGAGUAUGUUUUUGGUCGGAGAAGGCGACUGCGUGCUCAGCCAGGUGCUCAACAAGUCUUUAGCAGAGCAACGUCAGCACGAAGAAGCAAAGAAGGGAGCACUGAAGAGAGUCGAGCAAGCCAAGGAGAACACCUCGGACAAGAUUUCAAACGGGGACAUGAGUCCUGAGGAGAAGAAGCAUGAGACAGAGAAGCUGCUAGAAGACGCCUCGGCUGCUAAACAUCACAGCAGCACCCCUAAAGCUCAGGAAGAGUCCACUUGAGUGUUGUCCCGCUCUGCCGCUGCUGUUCUCACACUGUCCACACUGGACUCACGGACUGGGAUCUGUGGUCCAGUCCCUCUUGAACACUGGUUUCCAGUUUACUGACACGUUCUGUCGGUUUUGCUGCUUAAAGGCUCCGGUACAUCAAACUGCUUCAACUCUGUGACUGACAACGUAGAUUAUUUUUGUAUUUUGUGUUAACUUCGCCUUUUCUGUCUUGCAUCGUCACAACCGUUGAAUUAGUUUAACAGUGAAAAGACUAGAUUUAUGUUCAUCUAUAGCAUCGUGAGUUUAGAUUCUUCUUCUUCUUAGCAUGCAUUCCAUUUUUAUUAUAUCAUAUUCUUUGCCACCUGCACCACUUCUUAUAAUAGCAUAGCGGCUGCAUUAGCGUGGCUUCAGAUGCGCACAUAGAAAAAUACACAUAGAGUUGGCCAGCGUGUCGUUUGUCCAGAAAAUGCUUUAUUCUCCACCUUGUUUAAGUGUCUAUUUUAACGUUGCUCUUCCUUUUUUAACAUACUGUAGAUGUAAAUAAGAGUAUUUUUGUGCCUGUCUGAUGACCUGUGUCAGCAUCCGUUAAUAAAGUAGUACAUGUCGUA